AUGUACGUCUUUGGCGAUGCCCACAUUCGGAACGGCACGGGCGAAGCUGCCGCCCUCAUGGAAAGUGUCGUGCGCGACUACAUUCUCAACCUGCUGAACGAGGCGGCGACGGCGGUGUUCAGGAGCGGCAGCAGCCGCAUCACCACGGAGCACAUCGCCUUCCAGGUCCGGCACGACCCGACGAAGCUCAACAACCUCAAGGAGUUCCUCAAGUGGAAGGAGAUCCGCAAGAACUUUGCCCCCGACGAAGGCAGCGGCACGUCCAAGGCCGCCGUCACCAAAAUCAAAGUCGACCCGAAAAAGGGCAGCAAGGCGCUGACGCACUGGAGCUGGGAGAUCAUGCACGACUUGGUCGCGCCUGGCGACCCGCUCGGCGCGGAAGAGGACGACGCGGACCUGCUGGACGACGACAUCCUCACCAAGCCCGAGUUCGAUUCCAGGAACAAGGAACGGUUGAGGCAAGCGGACGAAAUGACAAAGAACAUGUCCAAGGAGGAGUACAUGAAGUACACCGAAGCGCGCAAGGCCAGUUUCACCUACAAGAAGGCCAAAAAGUUUAGAGACUGGUUGGGGCCGAGUAUCUCCGCCCUCAAGCUGCAUGACGACGUGAUCGAGGUCUUGGGCUAUCUGGCCUGGGAGAUGGUCGGUGCGAUCACGCAGUUGGGCCUCAGCAUCAAGAAGGAGGCCGAAGCGCACAAGACGGGCUACGGAAGCUGGCGACACAAGGGCGGCUCCAUCCUCUCCCUCCGUCUCACCCCCUACCAGAAGGACAGCGAAAAGGCGCCGCUGCAGCCGCUGCACAUUCGGGAGGCCGUGCGGCGAAUGCAGCACCUGCGCUACUCGGCCGUGGGCUUCACCGCCUCGCACCUCCGCAAGGAACGCUUCGUGUAA